UUAUUUUAUGCCACAAAAAUAAGGUGAAGCUAACAUAAUUUCGGCCACUGUAUAUAAAAGUAAAUUCUGAAACUCUGGGGGUCAUGUGGGCCUGUUGUUCGGCUCACAUGCCCCUGAGGACUGGGAUGGAUACAGGAGAGAUUUUGUUGCACGGGUCCUCAUGUAUUCGUUCCUCUUGGAACUAGCUAGACCUGUAGUUCGGUUGGCUGGCUCCAGGAGAAUUUCCUAGGCAAAUCUCAUAGAAAACAAACACUUCUCGUGCAGGCAAAAGAAUGCUGAAGGAGAAUUCGUGGAAUUGCCUAGCUACGUGGCACGAAGAGGGAUUAUUGUUCGGCAAGCCAACGACAAUGCCCAGGAAAAAGCAGGAGACUGGCGCAAUUGAUCCAAGGGUGCGGAGGCGAGGGGAAAGAUGAGAAGAUGAUAGACUUGGAUACGAGCGGUGGGAAGGAGAGUGAGGAAGGCGAGGGAAAGGAGAGGGUAGAUGAGCUAAAGGAGAGCAAGGAAAGUAGGAGAUAAAUAAGGGAGGCAAUUGACGCAACAAAAACAGCUUUGGUCAGAGUAGCGCAACAAGAGAAAUAGACGACAGAAGUCUGUCAACAAACUAUGCGAGAUCUCAGCUCAGGCCCUAAGUCAGUACCAGGAGUCUGUUAAGAAAAUAGAGACUGUGAUGGUAAACGUUAACGACAUGAUGUGUGAGGUGAGAAAGGAAUUGACAUCGUGGCGAGAGGAGAGGAUGACAGAAAAUCAAAGAACAAGAGAUCUGAGACAAACGGUGAGGGAAAAUCAUGCAAUUCAGAUUCAGCGGGUCUAUGACAUGGUAGGGCCACAAAGAUGCCGUUCGGGGCCUUGCAGAACAGCCCCAGCAGUGACAUGUGCCAACCCCUCCUCCUCGUGGUGUGGCCCGGGCACCGGUUUACCGGUGGCAAACGGGGCUCUGGCUGUGGACGUUAAGCGCCUGGUGGGAUGAGCUGAGACCACGCAGGACCACAAAGAUGCCGUUCGGGGCUUUGCAGCCAGCCCCAGCGGUGACAUGUGCCAACCCCUCCUCCUCGUGGUGUGGUCCGGGCACCGGAAAUUCAAAAGAAGAUUUAACCGAUAAUAUCGCAUAUUUUAAAGAUAUUUUGAUGAAAUUUGAGUUAAUUUAUGCCGAACCACCAAAGAAAUUUACACGCUCUGCCAAAGAAGUUGCAGGAAAAUUAUUUGAAAAUUUUGUUAAAAUGUUGAGAGAGUAGACGAUGGCAGAGGAAGUGGAAUAUUUUUCGUCGAACGAAGAAGAGGAACAGAAAUUGACUCCGCCAACGUUGGAGAAAGAAUAUGUGCCAUCUUGUAAAAAUAUUUCGUCUCUGGACAGGGUGCCCUUUGAUAUUAAAUUGAAAAUUGUCAUGACCGUAAACAAACAUCCCACAUGGAGUUUUUAUGGUCUACAAACACGAUUUAAACGUCAUUUACGCCACAAAACCGAUACCGCACGCUUUAGAAAAGACAUAAUAAAAGGUGGUACAUAUAUGGAUAAAAUGGAAAUUAUAAAAAAAAAAUGUCUACGAUCAAUUCAUAGAAACACGUAGGCGGGAACAAUUAGUGACAAGACGACAAUUACAGCAGUGGGCUAUGGAUGCUGCGAUGCAAUUUCGGGAUGCAGUUAACGAAGAUGGAAGCAAUUUUCAAUUUACAACAUCGGCAUCGUGGAUAACAAACUUUCUUAAAGUUUACAGAAUUUCGAAUCGUCGUGUUGUACGUUAUGUAUCGAACAAAGAAAUUACAUCGCCGGAAGAAAUUAUGAAAUCUGCGAUACAAUUUCAAAAUUUAAUACAGUCAAUUCCUAAUGAUUAUGAUUCUGAUUAUAUUAUAAAUACAGAUCAAACUGGCUGCGAAUAUCGAAUAAAUGUUGCAAGAACAUACACACAUACGGGUCAAAAAACAGUCGAACUUUUCAUAGGUGAUUUAAAUAAAAUAACACAUUCAUACACUGCUCAAUAUUCAUUGACAAAAUCUGGAAAGUUAUUACCUAAAGUGUUUGUAUGUUUGCAAGAAUCGGGAGAUGCGUUUGGAGUCCGUGUCAAAGCAGAAGUUAACGAAAUCUUAAAAUUGUGUAAAAACGUUAUUGUCGUUUGUUCAAAGUCAGGUAAACUGAGUUCAGAUUUGUAUAAAAAAUAUUUAGAGAAAGUUAUAAAACCGUAUGUUGGAAACAAUCCUUUUUUAAUGAUUGUUGACUCUUGGGGGGGGGGGCAUAAAAAUAUUCAUAUGUACAAUGAAAUUUUUGUAAAUAGUGAAAACCGACCAACGUGCAAUUUACAAAUAAUACCGCCAAAGUGUACUCCGAUCUGUCAACCUUGCGAUGUAUAUUUUUAUAGACAGGUCAAAAUUUUGAAUAAACGGAUUCAAAAUUAUUCACAACACAUUAUGGCUGACAGAGAAAAGAAGGAGUUGAACACACGAUAUGACGCCAUAAGCAUUCAAUCUUUAAUUCAUUAUUUAUUAUCUGCACCACUAUUUAAGAAAAUGAUCCAAUUCGCUUGGUACGCGUCAAAGUUAGAGAAUGAACGCGAUAUAUUUUAUAAUGUAAAUCAGUUAUGUUUUCCACCUGAUAUACAUAACAAAAAAAUGUAUAUGUAAUUUCCGCUUUUCAUUCAUAACUUAUUCAUGGUGUACAAAUUAUUUAUGUUUUAAUUGUUUUUAUGUAAAAUUUCAUCCGCAACAUUGCACAGCCAUGACAGAAUUUUAUAACAAAUAACAUAAUAAAACUACAUACAGAAAUAAUACCACGUAA